AUGAUUCCUAUAACCCUCCAUUACAUCCACCUUCUCAUCGCUGUGUUCAAUCAUGUCAACUGUGGCACAUUCUCCAGAAGCAAAACAAAGUCACAGAUACACCAUCCCCUGCCACAAUACAAUGAUGGGCCUCCACAACAGCCCUUCUUGGGGAAUGAGAUGCCGUUACUGGGACAGUAUGGUAUGGAACUCCCACAACUUCCAUUUGAGUUAGGCAAGGAGCACCUGUUGACAGAAAGUAAAGGACAAACAUUUGUCAGAGGAGCCAAAGGUCCACCUCCCCCUGGUCCUGUUGGAGAAGGUUUCCGCAUUGGACCUCAGGGAGUUCCUGGCCCACCGGGACCUCAAGGACCACCAGGGCUGCCCGGACAGGGAUUGCCAGGAAUGCCAGGAAAAGCAGGCCCUGCUGGUCCUCAAGGGUACCCAGGAAUAGGUAAACCAGGAAUGUCGGGAUUGCCUGGAAAACCAGGAGGACCUGGAUUGCCUGGACCACAAGGUGAGUCAGGACCCAGUGGUCGUAAUGGAGCAAAUGGACUUCCCGGUCCUCAAGGACUUCCAGGUCCACCUGGCCUCCCUGGAAUUUCAAAACUAGGGGGUCAAGGCCUUCCUGGACAAGUUGGCCUUAAAGGAGAACCUGGCCCAAGAGGUACCCCUGGGCUUCCUGGUCAGCCUGGCUCCAGAGGGGAUAAAGGAAUUGGUAUACCUGGUUUACCUGGAAUAAAAGGACCCAGUGGACCACCUGGGCCACCUGGAAAUGCUGGAAUGCCUGGGAUUGCCAAACCCGGUGUAAAUGGUCUUCCUGGCCAGCCAGGUUUGUCAGGGAAGUCUGGUCCUAAAGGUGAACCCGGGCCAGGAGGACCACCUGGUGAUAGAGGCCAACCAGGUGUACCAGGCUUAUCGGGAAUUGGAAAACCAGGGAAGGAUGGUUUUUCAGGUCAACCUGGGAUUCCUGGAGGGAAAGGUGAAACAGGUUCUCCCGGAGUACCAGGAAUUCCAGGUAUGCCUGGUUAUGGCAAACAAGGGUUUCCAGGACUGAAGGGUCACAAAGGACACAGCGGCUUUCCUGGAUUAUCAGGUCAAAAAGGAGAAAGGGGGCUUGAAGGCCUUCCCGGCGUUAUUGGUCCGACAGGUUCAAGUGGUAGACCUGGUCCCCCAGGCCCAAUUGGGCCUUCUGGUAGCGUUGGCUUCCCAGGGCAGAAAGGUGAAGAUGGUGAAAGUGGGUUUAAAGGAAAUCCUGGAUUAAAAGGGGAUUUAGGGUUACCAGGCCUUCCGGGACAGCCAGGCUUCAUAGGUGAGAUGGGACAACCUGGACUAAGAGGAUUUCGAGGACCAACAGGUCCUAAAGGGGAACCAGGUGACAGGGGUUUAUUUGGAAGUCCUGGUGCUGCAGGAUUACCUGGGCCAAGAGGAGAGGUAGGCCAACCUGGGGAUAAAGGCCAUCAAGGACCACAAGGGAUUCCAGGACUUUCAGGACCAGGUGGACCAAUAGGACCUCCUGGAAUGCCUGGUCAAAAAGGAGAAACAGGCCCUCCUGGGGUACCUGGAUAUCCUGGUAAUGGAAUACCUGGACCUGCUGGUCAGAUCGGUCCUAAAGGUAACGCUGGGCAGAGUGGACCUCAAGGACUUCCCGGACCACCAGGGAAACCAGGACUUCCUGGUCUUCCAGGACCCCCUGCAAGAUACCCAGACCAUGGACAAACUCUCUCGGUAUCAGGUCCAUAUGGUGGUAAAAAACAAGCAUAUAAAAAGCCCAAUUAUGGUGGUUACAUUGGUGGAAAUGCCUUGGAGAUGCCAGCUUUUACAGCAAAGCUAACCAACCCAUUCCCUCCUGUAGGUUCUCCCGUGAUUUUCGACAAGGUUCUACACAACAGCAAUCAGGACUACAGUCCUCAAAAUGGUGUUUUUACAUGCAGCGUACCAGGAGUAUACUAUUUUUCCUACCAUGUCCACUGCAAGGGGGGCAAUGUGUGGGUGGCACUAAUGAAGAACAAUGAGCCCAUGCUGUACACUUACGAUGAGUGCACCAAGGGCUUGCUGGAUCAAGCAUCAGGUAGUGCUGUUCUCCCUCUACAGCAGGCUGACACUGUUCACGUACAGUUGCCAUCUGACCAGGCAGCGGGCCUUUAUGCAAGUCAGUAUGUCCAUGCCAUUUUUUCUGGAUACGUGUUGUACUCAAUCUAA